UCACGACUGUGUGACCGGAGUUCUCACGUUAGACCACAUAGUCUGUGCGCUGAUUUGUGAAAAGUAUAAAAAGAAAAAAACAUUAUGAAAAUUAAGUGAUAGUCUCUCUAUUUUAGAGUGUUUAUACUUUUUUUAGAACAAUUGUCCAGGAGGAAUUGAUUGGGGAGAUGCAGAGAGCAAAAGCAAAGCAUUGUGUUCUUGCAAGAGUUGGAGCAGUGCGUUCACGGAGCUGCAGCUAUGCUGGAGUGUUUCACGUGGAGGGGAGAGAACGCUAUAGUCUGACGUUUGAGGAGGCCAGGAGCUUGUGUGAGCAUUUAGCCUCUUCAUUAGCCAGUCUGGAGCAGGUGGAAAAAGCCUACAAUAAAGGACUAGAGACGUGCAGGUACGGAUGGAUAAACAGCUCAGAGGUGGUGAUACUCCGUCACACGCCACAUAUAAUUUGUGCUGGCAACCAAACCGGGAUCAUCACAAUAACUCAAGACAGUGAAAAAUAUGAUGCCUUCUGUUAUGAUGCUGAAGAUACGUCAGAGAAGAACUGCACAGCUAUGAUUGACCCUGAUGGUUUAAACAAAACAGAUGUCUCAGCAUUUACAGAAGUCGCAACACACCGACCAAAUGCUGGAGGGGAAGAGUCUGAAAAUUCAACAUCUGAAAAAACAUUUGUGUCUGUCACGUUGGUGUGGGUUUUUGUGUUGUAUUUUAUUUUGUAGUUUAGUCCUCUUUCCUGAAGUCAUGUAUUCCCUUGCCCUCAUGUAUCUUGCCAUGUACUCCCUUAAUCAAGAUGUAUUAAACUCCAUGCACUGCUGCACAAAUGAACAGCGGCUGACUUGGAGCACUGCAUGCCGCUUAGAAAUUCUGUCCGACUUGUUAUUUCUAUCUGAAUGUUAUUCUUCUACAGAUGGCUCUGUAUUAAGCAGUAUAUAAAAAGUGUUUCUGUUGCUCAUGAAAACGUUUCUGAAAUAUCUGUGUAUUUGACAAAUAUUGCAUUUAAUUCACUUCAUCUGUGAUACAGAGCAUGCAGACACCACGCGAGUGUCACUAAUGGGAGCAGAAACUGUCUGAGUUGAUGUCUCUGCUUUCAAAUCCGCCCCCAACUGCAAGCAGCAACUCUUGCCAAUCGUUCUGUGCAGCAGAGAAUGAAGUCAAAUGUGCCUAAUAUGUCAUGUUAUGACUGGUUGAUUUAUGAUGGGUGUUUUAAAAUACAGUUGUUUCUGAUUGGUGGGAUUGUGUCAUGUGACCUGUAUUGUUUGAUAUAUAGACCUGAUGUCUUCCUUUGUCUCUUAUUGAGUAUUGUUUUUAUGUAACCACUGUUUGGUUAGUUUGUUCUUGUUCUAGUUCUUGUUUCUCCAUGCCAUGCCAAGUCUUUAUUAAUUGUGUAUUUGCUCACUUUUGGACAUCAUUAACCUGCACUAGUGAUGAAGUUAGAUUCAUUUCUGGGAACCGGUUCUCUUCCGACAGAUCGGCUCAUUGAACCGGUUCAAAAAGCUGAUUCACCGGUUCCUGACGUCAUCAAGCAAUAACGUCUCUACGCAUCACUCAAUGCCAUGUUGUAUCAAUGAAAAAAUCUAAUAAGUAAUUUGUGUCAACACAUAUUGAAACAUUCAAAAAAUAAAGUUAUUUGUGUAAAAGCA